CUGUCCUUCUGGAGGAGCGUGCAUGCCGCAGUGGGGACGGCCGAGCAUGGCAGCCCUGCUGAGACCCGCUGGCUGGCUUCUCCGCGCCGGGGCCGCCCCGCGCCUCCCGCUGUCCCUGCGCCUGCUCGCAGGCUGCUCGCGCCGGCCGCGCGCCGUGCCGAGAGCCGGGGUCCUACUGAGCCAAACCAGGUUAUAUGCCAUUGCUGCUGAAAAAAAGAAUGUGCUUCAAGAGGAGCCCCCUUUUGCUUCCAGGAGGAAUGCCAGUCAAUUUGAUUGGGCUCUAAUGAGACUAGAUAAUUCUGUCAGAAGAACUGGCCGCAUUCCAAAGACACUGCUACAGAAAGUCUUUGAGAGCACAUGCCGCACAGGAAGCCCAGGGAGUAAUCAAGCCUUGCUUCUACUGCGUAGCUGUGGUUCUCUCCUGCCUGAACUGAACCUCACAGAGAGAACAGAAUUUGCUCAUAGGAUAUGGGAAAAGCUUCAGAAAUUGGGUACUGUGUAUGAUGUAAGUCACUACAAUGCUUUACUCAAAGUCUAUCUUCAAAAUGAACACAAAUUCUCACCGACUGACUUCCUGGCAAAAAUGGAGGAAGCCAAUGUUCAACCAAAUCGAGUAACAUACCAGAGAUUGAUUUCUGCUUACUGUAAUGUAGGAGAUAUUGAAGGUGCCAGCAAGAUUCUUGGAUUUAUGAAAACCAAAGAUCUUCCUGUUACGGAAGCUGUUUUCAGUGCUCUGGUUACAGGACAUGCAAGAGCUGGUGAUAUGGAGAAUGCAGAAAAUAUUCUGACAGUGAUGAAAGAGGCUGGCAUUGAACCUGGGCCAGACACAUACCUAGCGUUAUUGAAUGCGUAUGCCGAAAAGGGUGACAUUGACCAUGUUAAGCAGACUCUGGAGAAGGUUGAAAAGUCUGACCUAUACCUUAUGGACCGUGAUUUACUGCAAGUUAUCUUCAGCUUCAGUAAAGCUGGAUAUCCUCAAUAUGUUUCAGAAAUUUUGGAAAAGAUUACUUAUGAAAGAAGAUAUAUUCCAGAUGCAAUGAACCUCAUUUUGCUUUUAGUCACGGAAAAAUUAGAAGAUACAGCAUUGCAGAUUUUAUUAGCAUGUCCUAUAUCAAAGGAAGACAACCUGACGAAUUUUGGCAGUUUCUUCCUUAAACACUGUGUGACUAUGGAUAUGCCGGUGGAAAAGCUGAUAGACUAUUGUAAGAAGUUGAAGGAAGCACAGAUGCACACGUCACCUCUGCAGUUCACGCUCCAUUGUGCUUUAUCAGCCAAGAAAGCCGAUUUGGCCAUGGCUCUCAUGAAGGCUUUGAAAGAAGAAGGUUUUCCUGUUCGAACUCACUAUUUUUGGCCACUACUAGUCGGACAUCAGAAGAAAAACAUUCAAGGCAUAGUUAAAGUCCUGAAAGGGAUGCAAGAAUUGGGAGUAGAUCCUGAUCAGGAGACUUACAUAAAUUACGUGUUUCCGUCCUUUGAUAGUGUGAAGUCAGUACGUGCUGUUUUGCAGGAGAAUGGAUAUCUACCGGAAAGUAACACAUUUUCUGAAGCUGAAUUGAGAAGUGAAGCAGUAAAUGGGAACCUAGACUAUAUUUUGUCAUUUUUGGAAUCUAAUAAAUCACCUUUCCCAUUGAGUUCUUUGAGGGGCAGUCUGAUUUUGGGCUUUAAGAGGUCCAUGGAUAUAAAUCUUUGGAGCAAGAUAACAGAAUUGCUGUACAAGGAUGGACGUUAUUGCCAGGAGCCUCCAGGACCGACGGAAGCUGUUGGCUAUUUUCUUUAUAACUUGAUUGACAGCAUGAGUGACUCAGAGGUACAGGCCAAGGAGGAGCGUUUGAGACAAUACUUCCAUCAGCUGAAGGAGAUGAAUGUAAAAAUUCCUGAAAAUAUCUACAAAGGCGUCCGUAAUCUACUGGAUAGCUACCAUGUUCCUGAAUUGAUUAAGGAUGUUAAUUUGUUGGUUGAAAGAGAGAAGAUAGACCCUCGAAAAACUGUGCAAUCUACAUCAGCUGAUUUGGAGUCUACACUUGAACGACUGAAAGCCCAGAAUCAGCCUGCAGGAGACAUCCUAAAGCAGCUCAUAUUGGUGCUUUGCUCAGAAGAGAAUAUGCAAAAAGCCCUUGAAUUAAAGGAAAAAUACGAAUCAGACAUGGUUAUUGGUGGCUAUGCUGCUUUAAUAAAUUUGUGCUGUCGACAUGAUAAUGCAGAGGAGUCCUUGAACUUGAAGCAGGAGUUUGACCGCUUGGAUUCCUCUGCUGUCCUUGAUACCAGCAAGUAUGUAGGACUUGUGAAAGUGUUGGCAAAGCAUGGCAAGCUGCAAGAUGCUAUUAACGUUCUAAAGGAGAUGAAAGAGAAGGAUGUUCUUAUCAAAGAUGCAACAGUCUUGUCAUUUUUCCACAUCCUUAAUGGCGCAGCUCUAAGAGGUGAAAUUGAAACAGUAAAACAGUUGCAUGAAGCCAUCGUAACGCUAGGGUUAGCAAAGCCAUCCACCAAUAUCAGCGCCCCAUUGGUCACUGUAUACUUGGAAAAGGGUGACCUGACCGCUGCUCUGGAAGCUGCCAUUGACUGCUAUGUGAAGUACAAGAUACUCCCAAGGAUUCAUGAUGUCUUAUGUAAACUAAUAGAGAAAGGCGAGACUGACCUAAUUCAGAAAGCAAUGGACUUUGUGAGCCAAGAACAAGGUGAAAUGACAAUGCUGUAUGAUCUCUUCUUUGCCUUCCUGCAAACAGGAAAUUACAAAGAGGCCAAGAAGAUCAUUGAGACUCCUGGCAUUAGAGCCCGGCCUACAAGACUUCAGUGGUUUUGUGAGAGGUGUAUUGCAAGUAAUCAGGUUGAAACUCUGGAAAAAUUAGUGGAGCUGACACAAAAGCUGUUUGAAUGUGACAGAGACCAGAUGUACUACAGUCUGCUAAAACUCUACAAAAUUAAUGGUGACUGGCAGAAAGCUGAUGCUGUCUGGAAUAAGAUGCAAGAAGAAAAUGUUAUUCCUCGUGAGAAAACAUUGCAGUUACUAGCACAAAUCCUUAGGAACAGUAAUCAGGAAGUUCCAUUUGAUGUCCCAGAGUUGUGGUAUGAAGAAGCAGCAGAUUCACUGAGUUCUAUGCCAGUCUCACCUACAGAAACCAAUACUGAGAAAGACGUGUUAAAAGCCUGCCAAAUCAAGAAAAGCAAAGAUGCAUAUAACAGUUUCCUGAAAGCACAAAGGCUAAACAUUGUGUUUAAUAAUGAAACUUAUAUCAGUCUUAUAAAAUUACUGUUGUCAAAGGACAGUUUUACGGAAGCAAUGCAAGUGAAAGAUUUCGCUGAGACCCACAUCAAGGGCUUCACACUGAACGAUGCUGCCAACAGCCUCCUCAUCACAGCGCAAGUUAGGCGGGAUUAUUUGAAAGAUGCUGUGGCAGUGCUGAAAACUGCCUUGAAUCAGGAGCAGGUACCCUCGAGGCUGGCAGUGACCCGCCUGAUCCAGGCACUGGCCUUGAAGGGUGAUGUCCAAAGCAUAGAAGCAAUUCAGAAGAUGGUUCAUGGGCUUGACUCGAUUGGACUUUCAAAUAUGGUUUUCAUCAAUAACAUUGCUUUGGCACAAAUAAAAAACAAUAAAGUAGAUGUUGCUGUUGAAAACAUUGAAAACAUGCUUACUUCAGGGACUCCAACCGUGGAACCCCAGUUCUUUGGCUUGUCUUACUUGUUCAGGAAAGUAAUAGAGGAGCAGCUGGAUCCAGCAGCUGAAAAGUUGAGCAUCAUGGCAGAGAGAUUGGCCAAUCAGUUUGCAGUUUAUAAACCUGUCACCGAUUUCUUCCUUCAGCUGGUGAAUACAGGCAAGACAGAGGACGCCAGAGCCCUGCUACAGAGAUGCAGCGCGAUUGCCGAGCAGACCCCCGUUCUGUUGGUGUUCUGUAUCAGGACCUCUCAGAAACCAGGAAAGGCACCAGUCCUGAAAUCUUUGUUAGAAUUGAUUCCUGAAUUAAUUGACAAGGAAGAAGCAUACACUUCUGUCAUGAAAAGCUAUGCCCUGGACAAAGACGUGGCAUCUGCUAAAGCACUAUAUGAGCACUUGACUGCGCAGAAUGUGCCAUUGAAUGAUAUGUUUCUGAAGCGUUAUGCCGUUUUGCUGAAGGAUGCUGGAGAGCCUGUCCCUUUCACGGAGCCCCCUGAAACUUUUAAAUUCUAUGCAAACCAGCUAAAGGAAUCAAGGGAAAAACCCUCGUGAGACAAGGAGGCACUGUGCAGUACAUGUAUCUGUGAUUAUGAUCUAAAUGUUAUUUGUAAAAUAUACCUGAAAAAAAAAUAAAGUGAAAAAUAACUUUUUUUAAGUACUUUGUGAACUGUGAUACAUUCUGAGUCUUACUGCCAGUCUGUGU